GUGACACUCAUGCACACGCGCUGGUAUGGCGGCGCUUUUUCUCUAUUUGCGCAGGGUCUGAACGUGAAUUUGGGCGAAGCUCUGCAGUUUCUGCGCGAAUACGACCAGGAGGGCUCGGCCGUCUGCACCAAAGUCAUGACGGCCCAGUGGAACUUCGCGACCAACAUGAGCGACUACAACAGGCGCAAGAUGCUCGAGGCCCAAACGAUCAAGCUCAAGUUCGAGCGGGCCUCCUGGCGCAAGACCGUGAGCUUCGCUUGGAACAGAAUAGCCGAUCCGCUGGCCAGGAGACAAUUGAAAAUGAUCGCCGUCAAAGGACGCAACUCUCUCACCGAUGAUAAAUUCAACGAGAUGCAUCAUUUGACGAUGGAGAUGAAGGAGCUCUACAACAGAGUCAAAUUGUGCCCCUACAGAAAGCUCGGAGCACCCUGCGAUUUAACUUUCGACGGAGAUAUCUCUAGGAUAAUGUCGCAAUCUCGGGACUACGAGGAGCUGCUGCACUACUGGCAAGCUUGGCACGAAGCGAUCGGCCCACCGCUCAAGAACAAGUACAUCCGAUUCGUCCAGCUGGCCAAUCAAGCCGCCAAGCUAAACGGCUUCGCGGACGCCGGCGACCAGAUGCGCGAGCAGUACGAGGACGACUACUUCCAGCAGAACAUAGCCGAGGUCGUGUCCUCGAUCACGCCCAUCUACAAGCACCUUUUCACUUACGUGCGCGCCCGACUGAUCGAGCGCUACGGCGAUCGCAUACGCAACGACGGACCCAUACCGGCCCAUCUGCUCGGCAACAUGUGGGCCCAGAACUGGGAGGGCGUCUACGACCUCGUUCAGCCCUUUCCCGCCGUCAAGAAGCUCGACGUUACCCUCGAGCUCAUCAUACAGGCCUUCGGACCGCUCAGGAUGUUCCAGCUCGCCGAGGAGUUCUUUACCUCGAUGGGCAUGAAGCCAAUGCCGCCGGAAUUUUGGAAGUCGUCCAUGUUCGAAAAGCCGCCCAAUCGAAACGUCAAGUGCAGCGCCAGUGCUUGGGACUUUUGCAACAGGGCCGAUUAUAGGAUCAAGCAGUGCACAAAGAUGAGCACGGAGUGCCUCGUGUCGACUCACCACGAGAUGGCCCACGUGCAGUACUACCUCCAGUACAAGGACCAGCCGCUGCUGUUUCGCAACGAAGCCAUGCCCGGCUUCCACGAGGCCGUGAGCAACGCCAUCAGCCUGUCGGUCUUCACUCCGCAGCAUCUGCACAGGAUCGGCCUCUACAACAACGCCACCGACGACUACGAGAGCAACAUCAACUUCCUCAUGCUGAUGGCCCUGCAGAAGGUCGUUUAUCUGCCCUUCGCCUACAUCGUCGAUCAGUGGAGGUGGCGAGUCUUCAGCGACGGCGUGGCCGACAUGACGACCAGAUGGUGGGAGCUGAGAUUGCAGUACCAGGGCAUUCUGCCGCCGAUACCCAGAACCGAGCGUGACUUCGAUCCGGCUUCCAAGUACCACGUUCCUGCCGAUCUUCCCUAUGCCAAUUACUUUGUGUCAGUCAUCCUGCAAUUCCAAUUGUUCGAGUCGCUUUGCGACAUAUCCGGCCACACUGGCGAUCUUCAUACGUGCGACCUUUACCGAUCCCGCGAGGCUGGACGGCUAUUGGCGGACAUACUCUCGGUCGGAUCGUCGCAGAGCUGGCCGGACGUCAUCAGACAAAUGACCCGGGGUCGAACCAACCGACUGGACGCCAGCGCCAUGCUACGCUACUUCGCGCCCCUCGCGCAAUUUCUCAAGCGGCAAAAUCAGAUGGAGCCGGUGAUAGGCUGGAUCAGCAGCCAAGAGGACGCAGAUGCGUCGACUUCAUUUUCAGCCCUCUUCGCACACUGGUAUCUCGGCAGCGGCGCUGCUACCACUGCUGCCUCCUCCAAUUGCCUGUCCUUCGCCACGACGACGCUCCUCGUCGCUAUUGUCGCUUCGUUCUGAGCGAUGCCGAACCGGCGACCAACUCCUUGUACAUAGCUGCAAAUUUUGUCUAUUUUGUAAAUAAUUUACUGGCUCAGAUUUUGUAUAGUUUACUUAUAUUAUACGUUUUUAU